AUGGCCACCUUGUCCCUCCUCCCCCCGUCCACCUCGCUCAGAUCGUCGUCCUCGUCGGCGCCUCCGGCGAGGCGAAGCCUGGUGGUGAGGGCGCAGUCGGCGCCGGUGCUGACGCAGGACGAGUUGAAGAAGCAGGCGGCCUCCAAGGCCGUGGAGUUCGUGAGCAGCGGGAUGGUGCUCGGCCUCGGCACCGGCUCCACCGCCGCCUUCGUCGUCGCCGAGAUCGGCGACCUCCUCGCCUCCGGCAAGCUCGGAGACAUCGUCGGCGUCCCCACCUCCAAGCGCACCUACGAGCAGGCCCUCUCCCUCGGCAUCCCCCUCUCCACCCUCGACGACCACCCCCACAUCGACCUCGCCAUCGACGGCGCCGACGAGGUCAUCUCCGAUCCCUCCUCGAUCGAUCGAUCGAUCUGCCAGUUCUCGAGCAUCCGCUGAUCCGAUUUCUUCCUUCCCUCUCCGGUUGACGCAUGCAGGUGGAUCCCUUCCUCAACCUGGUAAAGGGCCGCGGGGGAGCGCUCCUGCGGGAGAAGAUGGUGGAGGCGGCCUCCGACAAGUUCGUGGUGGUCGUCGACGACACGAAGCUGGUCGACGGGCUCGGCGGGAGCGGCCUAGCCAUGCCCGUAGAGGUCGUCCAGUUCUGCUGGAAGUACAACCUGACCAGGUUGCAGGAACUCUUCAAGGAGGAGGGCUGCGAGGCCAAGCUGAGGCUCGACCCCGACGGGAAACCCUACGUCACCGACAAUUCCAACUUCAUUGUCGACCUCUACUUCUCCACGCCCAUCCGCGACGCCUCCGCCGCCGGCCGGGAGAUCUCCGCCUUCGAGGGCGUCGUCGAGCACGGCCUCUUCCUCGACAUGGCCACCGAGGUCAUCAUCGCUGGCUCCGGCGGCGUCAGCAUCAAGACCAAGUGA